UGUUAUAAUUUUACAAAAUGAAAUUAGUAAUUUCUGUAAUUUUUUUAGUGAUUUUAACCGUUGUUGUAUCAGUGCCUGCACCAUCGCUGAAAGAUGCACCAUCAUGUAGGAUAGAUCAGUGUCGAAUACCAUAUUGUCAAUGUUAUAAUACGAAACCAACACUCGCUUUAAACCAAAUUCCACAGAUUGUUGUUAUUUCAACCGACGAUGCGGUAACUGCAGGAAACUACGAAGCACUGUAUAAGUCAUUGUAUUCAGGCCGUAAAAAUCCAAACGGUUGUCAAAUAGGCGUAACGUUUUUUGUGCCUCAUGAGUACACGGAUUAUAGUGUUGUACAUGCUUUGUACGCAGCUGGUUUCGAAAUUGGAGUUAAUUCUAUUUCGAAAUAUCAUGAUGUGGAAUACUGGAAUACAGCUGAUCACAAUUUAUUAAAAGAUGAAUUUCUUGGACAAAAACAAAUAUUAGAAAAAUUUGCUAAAGUUAAUCAAGAUGUGAUACUUGGUGCUCGUACUCCAUUGUUACAAAUGAAUGGUGAUCUCACAUUUUGGGCUUACCAAAAUAGUUCGUUAGUUUAUGAUAACUCAUGGACAACUGUAAAAGAAACAGAGUGGCCAUACACGUUAGAUUAUAAAUCUGAACAAGAUUGUUUAAUUGGUAAAUGUCCAAAAGAAUCACAUAAGGGAUUUUGGAUACUUCCUAUCAACGAUUGGAUUGAUACAAAAGGUUAUCCGUGCGCAACAAUUCAUGGAUGUAUCUACAAGCCUAACGAUACCGUUGAAGCUACAUUUAAUUGGUUGAAAGACAAUUUUGAUCGUGUGUAUUACGGUGAAAAAAUUCCAUUCAAUAUCAUCGCAAAUGCUGGAUUAUUUACAAGUAAUUUUCGAGCAGCAUACAUUAAGUUCUUAGAUUAUAUACAAUCGUUUAGAGAUGUGUAUAUAGUAACUCAGAACCAUGCCAUCCGAUGGGCGACAAAUCCAUUACCAAUAGGUAAUGUUAAUUUGUUCCCAUGUGAUCCAGUUUAUGUCCAUGAUAAUGGAAAGUCCAGAACGUGUAAAUUGAAGAAAGGUGGUGAAGAUCGUUAUAUGACUAUUUAUGACGAAGCAUGUCCAAAAGUUUACCCAUGGGUUGGUAAUCCAAUGGGUAAUUAGUUUUUCGUUCGAAUAUAUUUAUUUUUUGUAAAAUUA